AUGCUGCCCCUUCUAAUAAUUAGACCAAACUCCGAAGAAAUUUUAUCAGAAACACUUAAUAUCUCGUUUGAUCAAUCUUUACAAGUAAAUUCGAAAGAUUUUCAUAAUGCAAUACUUACAAAUAAAUCUCCAUCUGAAUUAUUCAUGUCCAGUAUUCUUCAAUUCGCUCAAAAGCAUGAUCCAGAAAAUCAAAACAUUUUAUUCAUGAAACCUGAGAAUAAAUCGAACAAUUCUGACCUCAUUGCAAAGCUUAAGCAACUACAGUUAUAUAAUGAACAGCUUGCCACACAAAAUAACCAAUUGGAAAAGCAAAUAAAAGAAUUAAGUAUGAAUACUUUAUCUUCGCUUGAAAAGCAAACUCAGCAGUUAAAAGAAAGUCUUAAAAAUCAAGAUAAUAAGAACGAAAUACCAAACGACAAUGAAUUAAAACUACAAAACGAAAUUUCUCAAAAAAACAUCAAAAUUGCACAAUUAAUGGAUGAUAUUCAAGCUCUUAAUGGAGAAAAGUCUAAAUUAGGCAGCCAAAUUACUUCUCUUAAGUCUGAAAUUGAUAAAUCAUUAAAUGAAAAUUUAAUUCUGAAGAAAGCAGCAGAAGAUCAAUCAAUUGCAUUGGCAUCUAAUGGUUCAAAGAUUGAGCAGCUUCAAAACCAGCUAAAAGAGCAAAAAGAACAAAAUGACAAAGAAAAAGAAGAAUUUAAGCGAAAAAUCGAAGUUCUUCAGAACGAAAAGGCCGAAAUCAUCCAGAAAUACAAGCUAUAUACUAAUAAUACCACUGAUGGCCAGCUAGAAGAAGAAAAAAGAGUAAAUGAAGAUUUAAGAAUGCAAAUCCAGAAAUUGAUGAAAGAUAUUGAAGAAGAAAGGAACGAUAUCAAGAGAAGAGAGAAGUCCUUAUCAGAUAAACAGCUCAGAUGGAAAGAAGAAGAGCAAAAUCACGCAAGAAUUUUAGGAAUCACUCCUGAAGAGCUGAGAGACACAAAUAAGAGAUUUGAACAACAAAUGAUGGCUCUAGAGAAGGCAAAAGCAGAGUUAAAUCAAAAAAGAGACAAAAUUAACUCAAAUUUGUUCAAAUCUCAACUUGCGGAGAAAUCUGUUGACGAGAAAUUGGAGAAACUUGAAAAGGAAAAGCAGAAAAUUGAUCAGUUGCUGAAAGAAUACAAUGAAAAGAAUAAAAAACGAGAAAUUCAGUUGGAUUACGAUAGACUUUAUGAUAAAGACAUUUAUAUUGAACCAUUCACGGAGAUGAUACCGAGAUAUCACGCAGAAGAUGAUUUGGACCCUCAAACUCAGGAAUUCCAGGAAUUUCCUUACGAUCCGGAAGAAGAUAUCGAAAGAACGCAAGUUAGAAGGCCUAAACAGACUGGACGGCUAAGAGACAUAUUAUUCAGAAUAACUUCUUAA